UUCUGGGUACAGGAGAAGGCACCCCCUGUUGGACACAUACCCUUUACUUAGGGUAGACAGACUGGUAGAAGGGGGGACAGCAGAUACACAACGCACGGUGUUGUGGAGAUAGUGAAUUUAGUGAGCGUGGGAUAAUUAUUCUGACCCAAUGAUUGCAAGUGGCAGAGGUAUACCAGAUGGUAAAAGAGCAAGUGAGAGGUCCCAUCUGCAGUCCAGAAAACCAAAGAAAGAAGAGGAGAUGGACAACCUCGGCAAGGGAGGAGGAGGAGGAUCAGAGAGUGGAAUGGAGCACAAAAAACAAGUAGAGGAAAAUGUCAGUGAGAGUGAUAAGAAGCUGAAGGACCAGCGCAACAAAGCUGAAAAGGGUGACAAAGAGAAGGGUGAAACGAAGAGGGAGAAUCGAAAAUCUGGUUCAUUGUUGAGAGUAGGUUGGGCACUGUCUGAACGUUUGGCCAUCAAUGUGUCAGGUAUGCGCUAUGAGACACAGAUUCGCACCCUGGCCCAGUUCCCUGAUUCUCUGCUUGGAGACCCACAACGUCGCCUACGUUACUUUGACCCCCUCCGCAACGAGAUCUUCCUUGACCGCAAUCGGUUCUGCUUCGAUGCCAUCCUGUACUUCUACCAGUCUGGAGGUCGGUUACGGAGGCCGGCCAACGUGCCUCUGGACGUCUUCAUGGAUGAAUUGCAUUUCUAUGAGCUGGGAGAAGAUAUCAUGACUCGCUUCAAGGAGGAUGAGGGCUUCCCUAAGGAGGAACCUCGGCCCCUACCUGACAAUGAGAUCCAACGCAAGCUGUGGAUUCUCUUUGAACACCCGGAAUCCUCCGGAGGUGCCCGUAUCAUCGCCAUCAUCAGUGUGAUGGUGAUUGUGGUCUCCAUCCUCAUCUUCUGUUUGGAGACACUGCCUGACUUCAGAGCAGAGAAGGAGCUGAGAGAGCAACUUGCAUACCAGCCUCAUCUCAAUGUCGCAAACAUCACCUUGCAUGUCCUACCCCUGUCCUCUCCCUUCCAAGAUCCAUUCUUCCUGGUGGAGACCCUGUGCAUCUGCUGGUUUUCAUUUGAACUAGUGAUGCGUUUUGCCUGCUGUCCCAGUAAGAUGAUAUUCUUCAAGGAUGUAAUGAACAUCAUAGACUUUUUUGCCAUCAUUCCCUACUUUAUCACACUCGGCACUGAGCUGGCCAAGUCUAAGGGAGCCACGCCGUCCAUGUCCCUGGCCAUCAUCAGGGUUAUCCGUCUGGUUCGAGUGUUCAGGAUCUUCAAGCUGUCUCGCCACUCCAAAGGCCUUCAGAUCUUGGGCCAGACACUGAAAGCCAGCUUGAGAGAGCUGGCCCUUCUCAUCUUCUUUCUUUUCAUUGGAGUCAUUCUGUUCUCCAGCGCUGUGUAUUUUGCCGAGGUGGACCACCCGGGCACGGCCUUCACUAGUAUCCCAGAAGCCUUCUGGUGGGCUGUGGUCUCCAUGACGACAGUGGGGUAUGGCGACAUGUAUCCAAUGACGGUGGGUGGAAAGCUGGUGGGCUCCAUGUGUGCUAUCGCUGGUGUACUCACCAUCUCACUCCCUGUUCCUGUCAUUGUUUCUAACUUCAGCUACUUCUACCAUCGAGAGAUGGAGUGUGAGGAUAACCAAGAGUACACUCAUGUCAACACUGAUCUGUGGGAGGAGGGGGAGGGAGAUGGUGAAGAGGGUGUGGAAGGUCCAGGGGAAUAUGGAAACCAUGUUCCUCUUGAGGGAGGCACGGACUACAAGGGGAUCUGUGCUCCUCUUAAUGGGACUCUUCAUGGUGGGCAAGCUGGAGAGCAAAGCGGAGGGAACCUUUACUUAAGGGAGCCACUAGUCACCCAAGUCUGAGACACUGGAGAUCAGAGUGAGAUUAAAUUGAGAGAUGUGGCCCAUGUUCACUGGACACUGCCUCGCUGUGAAUCUGAAUAUAUGGGAAAUGGAAAGUAAGAAUGCAUGAAAGGAGGCAUGAAAGAGAAACUGAUACAGAGGAUUACAUGUAACUCAAAUGGCACAUUUACAAAGCCAGAGGAGGAUAUUUUACAGAAGAAAGAGUAUACGGUACAGUAAAAACAAAAAUUAUUGACCAGCAUUAAAACAAAUUUCUUAAUGUUGUGCUUAAAAAACUUUUUUGGUAACACUUAACAAUAAGUUUGUAUAUGUUAAAGGGAUAGUUCACCCAAAAAAGAAAAUGCACUUAUUAUUCACUCACCCUCAAGCCACCCCAGAUGUGUAUGACUUGGUGUGUGAGAGAAUAAGAUCAAUAUUUAAGUGCUUUUUUACUCUAAAUCUCCACUUUAACUUUCAGAUGUGAAAGUGAAAAUAAACAGGCACCACAUGAGACUUUCAGAUGUAAAAGUGAAAGUGGAGAUUUAGAGAAAAAUGUUGGUCUGUUUCUCACCCACACCUAAUGGCCCCAUUCACUUCCAUUGUAAGUGUUACACUGUAAUCCAGAUUUUUGCUUUUUUAACUUAAUUUAUGUGGUAAUCAACAUUAUGACACAAAUGUUGUUGAUUGAUCUUAACUUGUAUUGAACUCGGAAUAUUCCAUUAAUAAAUGCAGUAAAAAUCCAUUAUUCGUGGUUAGUUUAUGAUACCUAAUGUAUUAUAAAGUAAUCUCAGCAAACAGUUUUUGUUUAACAGAACAUUCUAGGAAUGUUAGUUUAUGGUUAUAAAAAAUAAAACCUAAAAAAGAAUAUUCCUAGAACAUAGGAAUAGGUUCCCAAAAAUAACCAAACAGAAACUAUACGCUAACGUUAUGCGAACGUUCUGUUUUUGCAAGGUAGCACCUUAUUGUAAAAUUUUACCACUUAUAUUUUAAUAUCACCACAUUAAAUCUUUGAAUGUAUUUAUUAAUGAAACUAUUUUUCUUUGUGCAGAGAGUGGCAUUUGUUGUCUUAAAUGAUAGAAUGUGUUUGAAAAAAUAGCUGAGCUGAAAGCUGACCUGUGUUGUGAAAUAAGCGUUUGCAUUUACGCUUAAAGGGGUCAUAUAUUGCCAUUUUUGUACAAGUUAAUAUGAAUCUUUAGGGUCUAAAUGAAAACUUUGUAAUAUACUUUUAUUAAAAAUUCUCAUUAGUAUUUUAAGAAAACACUAAUUUUACCUGCUCAAAAACAGCUCUGUUUUCAGCACGCCGUUUCAGUGCAUAUGACUUUAAAUGAUAAUGAGCUUUGGUCACCCCGCCCCUCCAAAAAAAGAUUCGCGCAAACAUGAACGCAUUGACGAUGCUCGUGGGGAAUAUUCCCAUCGUAAACAAAACUCAGCCACUGCGUCUUCAGCGGUUCAGAUUUAGGAACAUCAAAAUGACUGCUGUGUUCGUUAUUACACCAAGAACAGGACACCACAAUCGCUUAGGCGCCAUUCUGCUCCAGUGUAUCAACAGUGAUGACGGACUAUGAUUGACAGCUCGCUCACGAGCGAGGGCGGGUCUGUGUUGAAACACUGCUGUCAAUCAACAAUCCUGGGAGGGGCGUCCGACCGUGUGACGUCACACGGUCGAACGGCUCGAUUUGAGGCAGGGGAAAAUAUAUAAGGAGAUUAAAACAAAAACACUGGAUGGAUUUUUUAUCAUAAUAGGAUGGUUGUGUACAGGCACAGCCAACACACAUUUCAGUACAAUCAACUUGAAAAAGUGCAUGUACCAUUAUAUGACCCCUUUAAAGAUCUUACUGGAGUUCUUGGUACCAGUAUAUAAAGGACAUAUUCAUAGUAAGAAAACUGUGUGGUGUCAUUUAAAUGUCACAUAUUUUGUCACCCAGUUGCCACCAUGAAUGUGCCAGGGAUUUGUGUGUCAGACGGACAGAUAAAGUCUUAAGCAUCAUUAAUCUGGAGUUUUGAUUACAUGCUGCUGCAUUGUAAUUGUUGUUCUCAGUGACACUGUUCAAAUACUGUGAAUGAGAGAUACCUGUGUGUGUGUGUGUGUGUGUCUGUGUGUGUGCAUGCUUUCAAGUGUAAUAUGUUACUCUGGAUAUGAAGGUUUUCUAUGAAAUGUAACUGUGAAGCUUAUUUGUGUACUUUUAUUUAUUAAAAAGGUUCAUCACUCAAAAAUCAUCCUGAAGUGACUCAGUAAACAAUGGAAAUAAUAACAAAAUAAACUUCUAACAAAAGUA